AGAUACAGGAAUAGAAACACAAUGACUGCAUUUGCAAAGAAUUCAUUCUACAUUUCAAUCGGAUUUUGGCUCAUUUUAGGUGUUGAAUGCCACACUGUUAUGUCAAACAGUACAUUAACUGUUCAGACUGGAGGAUCUGUCACCAUCCCAUGUCAUUAUGAUGAGAAAUACACACAGCAGAAGAAAUACUGGUAUUCAGAAAAUAAUAAAUCUAAUACAUACACAAACACAACAGAGGAGAAUCUGUCAGUAAUUGAUCAUCCUGAUCAGAGUCUCUUUACUGUGACUAUGAGAAACCUGCAGAACAAACACACUGGAUAUUAUUACUGCAUUGUGGAGACUGGAGAACAACCACCGAUAAAAGCAAUAUAUGAGCCUUAUCUCAAGAUUCAACCUGCUCCUGAUGUGUCUGUGGUGAGCAGCAGUGUAUCUGGACAUGAAGGUGGUGAUAUCAGUGUUCAGUGUUUCUACAGUUCUGGAUAUCAGAAUAAAGUCAAACAGUGGUGCAGAUAUAAAGAUCAGAGAUGUUACACAGUGGGGAGGACUAACACAUCCCAGAAUUCAUCAGUCCAGAUCAGUGAUGAUGGGAGAAGAUCCUUCACUGUGCUGAUGACUGGACUGAGACUCACUGAUUCUGGCUGGUACUACUGCUCUGCUGGAGAGGCACUGAAUCCUGUUCAACUCACUGUAAUCAAUGCAGAAAAGGGCACUGUCAGUGACACAGUAAUUGAAACCGGAACUCUCAAGAAUAAUAAAAAUGGAAAAGAAGACACAGUAGCAACUCAAAACAAUGAACUCCUGACUGCGUGGCUUCCAGCUUCAGCUGUACUUCUGCUCUCAUUGAUUCUGAUCAGUGUUUUCAUCUGGAGAUGGAGACGGAGACACAAGCAAGAUAAACACCAAAUCAGAGGGAGAUCCAGCAGCAGAACCACUGACGUGAUCAACUCUAAAGCAGAAGAUCCUGUGAUGUACAGCACUAUAAAUGAUGGAAACCCAAAUGAUCCCAACACGGACAUAAUCUACUACAGCACUAUUGAUUUUGUUGCUGGGAGUGCAGCGGUGAAGCCUCCAGCAGGUGGCGCAAUAUACAGCAUAAUAUACAGCACUGUGGAUCCACACUGACUUCAACAUUGAGAAGAACUCAGGAACACACCUUCUGACCAAAAGAAACAAAAUCAACAGCAGAGAACUGUCAUUGUCUUUUAGCACUACAUAGUUUUGUAUUUUGUAUUAUCGAAUCUGUUUAAUUACUUCACAGUAAAAAUAUUUUUUUUUUUGUUUACUUGUACAAUGUUAUUUUCUCUGCUAUUUGCAUUAUUACAAACAAGCACAAUAAAAAGUA